UGAAGUUCAACCCUCCUAGAGUCAUGCAGAAACAAAGUUCAACUUCCAACGCAUUUCGUGUGAACUCCGCCCACCGCAGAAACUCACCUGGCGCGCGGGGAGCUCAGGUGAGGCAUUCGGAGCGCGCGAGGCGAGGUAGCGGCGCGUCAUGGCGGAGUCACAGCUGUUGUGUAUGGAGGACGGGCUCAUGCCCACCGCGGUGCCCGAGUCCCGACCGCAGUUCUACUACAGCGAGCAGCACCGGGCGGCCCUCGAGCGCCUGAUCACCGGCGGAGACGGAGCCUUCAAGAGCCUCCUGAAGGACGAGAACGGACAAGACUUCCUGUCGGCGCGGGAGAUCACGGCCAUCACCAGCAGCUUCGUCAAAUACAAGACCGAUGAAGAGAACGGAGGAGCGUCAGCGGGUCAAGACAAACGUGACGACGCCGGGUCACUGCACUCCACGUACUGGCCGCAGAUGUCGGACACCGAGGUUCCGCCGCUGGACAUCGGCUGGCCCUCAUCAGGGCUCUUUAAAGGGGUCACCCGGGUGGCUGUGCACACACACCCGCCCAAAGACAACGGCCCGCACAUCAAGGAGGUGGUCCGCAAACUCAUCCAGGAGUCCAGCAAGGUCGUGGCGAUCGUGAUGGACCUGCUGACCGAUCUGCAGAUUCUGCGGGAUCUGUUUGAGGCGUCCAAGCGUGGCGUGCCCAUCUACAUCGUGCUGGAUGAGCCGGGAGCGCCGCACUUUCUGGACAUGUGCAACCGGCUGCAGGUCGGAGCUAGAGAUCUGCAGAAUAUCCGGACUCGGACCGUGAAGGGAAUCGGGUUGAAUCUGUCCGUGGGGAGAAUCCCAGGAAACGUCCAGAGCAAGUACAUGCUCAUCGAUGGAGAUAAAGUCAUGUUUGGGACGUACAGUUUCUCCUGGAGCUCUUCUCGGAUGGACAGAAACAUGAUCACCGUGAUGUCGGGGCAGGUGGUGGAUUUCUAUGAUAACGAUUUCCGAGAACUUUACGCCAUCUCAGACAAACUGGACCUGUUUAAGCAGUUUCACAUGACCAAGCCUCAAACGGGAACCCUGUCAAGGGCCGCGGUGCCCAAACGUCCCGCAGCGGCCACUUCACGCUUCCAGGUCAAUCUCGGAGACGUGACGCGUGGAGAUGGGAAAGUGCCUGCACACAAAUACCACAAUCCCAAAUACCUGCUAGCGCUCGGACAGAUCCCGGGACCCACGGAGCCGCUGCAGGACUUCUUCAAUAAGAUGGAGCCGCCCGAUCCAGAGACGGAGCAAGAGCUAGAGAAUCCCACAGAAGAGCUGGAGAACCUCACACCUGAUCCCUCUCCACCUGAGAAGAAAAAGUCCAAGAAACUCAAACUCUCAUUUAAGUCAAAGCGAGGGAAGAAGGACAAGAAGAGUGACGAGGUUAUUGAAGAAAACCCUGCAAACCCUUCAGACGAGGCGUCUAAACACACGCUCACCAGAGACGAGACGCAGGACAGUCUCAAGAAGAAGAAUACAGAAUGCAUGUGCGUUAUUGCAUAAGAAUGUACUGUACUGUAAUGUAUGGGGAUGGUUAGGUUUAGGGUUAGGGCCAGGGUUAUUACCUAGUUACUUUGUGUGUGUGUGUGUGUGUGUGGAAGAGAACUGUCAAGUGCUACCAAGAGACUAGGUUUAUUUGUGAACUGCUUCUCACAUUUUAUUUCAGCUAAAAGGAACAUUUCUUUCAAGGUUCUUUCAAAGUUAUGAACAAACGUUCUUCCAGUUGGAAUGCUUGUUCAAAGUUAAUAUCUCCUCUUUAAUAAUGUUUUCAAAAUAUUAUUAUGUCAUUCAUGGAAUGUUGGUGAAACUUUUUAGUUGGACAUUUGUGUCACACACAUUUUUCAAAUGUUGCAACAUGUUCAGAGAAAUAUCAUUCCCAUAAUGUCUGCAAAAUGAUCAGAUGGAAUGUUUCCUCGAUGUGCACAUAACCAAGAAAAAAAAAUACUUUCAGCAAUAAUGUUUUCAAAACUGGGAAAGAAUUUUAUUUAGAAUUUUUAGGCUUUUAUUUCAGAAUUUCAUUUUAGACUUUGGUUAAGUCUGUAACCAAAGAUGUUUAAUGUGUAAAAACAAAAGCAAAAAACAAGUUGUUGCAAAAGCAUUUUUUCCGAACUUCCUCAUGACUUCAAAAACAAGCACCUGUGCUCUUCAAAUCCCACCUACUAAAGACACAUCAGCCAAUCCGAUGACAGAUGAGCCAAUGAUUGACAGGUGAAGAAUCUCAGCGGUGGUUUGUGAUCAGCUCAUGAUGAUGGAGGCGCUGUUCUCGCCCUCUGCUGGAGGAUCUGAGCAUCACACACACACCUCACUGAGCGAACACAACCAGUAAUGAUUACCAGGGCCCCAAAGGAAGAGAGGGCCUUUGAAAAGUCUGGAAUAUAUAUUUUCGGGGGCCCAUGCACAUGCCUAUGCAUAGGGCCCGGGAUAUUGUGCAGCGCCCCUGAACACAACACACUCACGAGAAAGCGCUUUUAUUCAGUGUGUGACACUGUUUAGCUGGAUCUCCGUGUGUGUGUGUGUGUGUGUGUGUGUGUAGUGGGAUGGAAGGUGGUGAUGAUUAUAGGGGCCCAUGGCUGAGGAGGGGCCCCAAGGAUCUCAACUUCGUGUUCUGGUCUCAGGUCACGCAGAGACGUGUCUCAAAGCGCUUAAACAUCCAAUUCGCCGCUUUUUGCUUUUGUACUGGUAAAUGCAUUCCAAAUAUGUGAAAAUACCCGUCUUGGAAAGUGUGUUAAACUGUCGUUUAUGUCUUAAGUGAAAGUAAACAGUUGAGAAAGAA